UCCAAUAUAAUAUCAAUGAAAAAUUAAUAUCUACGAGAUUCUCUGAUCUCCAAUAAAGAAUCGAUACCGCAAUAUAAAAUAUAUUGGACUCAUAUAUAAUUAAACUUAUCCAAAUACACACCUAUUCCAUUAACAGAACAGAACAACUCGCCUAAUGCAUCUAAAAAAUUUUUCAAUUUAUUAUUGAUUUUUAGUUAAAAAGAUGUGCCGCGUAAAUUCGCGUAAAUUCGCGUAAUUUCGCGUAAUUUCGCGAUACUCCUAGUGUUUACCCACCCUUCCGCUCCAUAAAAAAAAUAAACAAUUCGGUUAGAACCCCCGGAUGGGUCCCCACUCAUGCGCAUUUUUCCCCUCGUCUGUAAGAAGAGGGUCAUGUAUUUACAUGGAGGUACCGUCAGUAUGUAAAGAAUAGCGAUCAGACAUACAGCUGAGACGGGCUUCGAGGAUUUCCUUUCCAUCUAUACAAAUGAAACCAGCAUGUUUGAUGAAAUAUUUGAUGAUCUCAUUAAUUCAUCCCCUGAUAAACUAAUUUUUGGAUGAGACGAGUACAGAUAUUUCAAACGUCUCGAUAAUGCAAGGGGCUGCAAAGUGAGAUCAAUAAAACGUGGGAAUAAGUGUGAGACGUUAAAACCAGUUCAUACCGAAUAAUGUAGACAUAAAGGUUCUUGUUAAAUCGUUAAACUAGUGUGCAAAAAUAAGUAUUACAUUAUGAAGUCAAGAGUUUUCGAUAAAUCGUGGCCUCGACAUGUCAAGGGCUGUUCUCCGUUGCCAAUACGCAUUUGAGCGAAUCAUGAGAAUUUUCCAGGAUGAUAUCGAGGUAUUCAAAGUGAAUCCAUGACAUAAAACAUAUCCCUCGGUGGUUGGAAGGUGUCUUGAAAGAUGUUGGAAGGUGUCCAGAAGAUUGAUUUUUUCAUAUCAUUGAGAGGUGGAGCCUCCACCAUCUCCAGGAAGAUGAGGAAGAAGGUGCUGCUGGGAUGCUGCUUGGGAACUUUACUCUGCAUUGUUGUAUUGAGCAGCAAUCACGAACUCAUGCAGAGGGUCAUACCCUUUUUUGUUAAUCCUCCUGAGGAUAUAAGUUGUUAUGUUGAAACAUCAGCGCCGGGAUCACUCGAAGUUAUUCUCACAACAGAUGUGAAUGAUUUUCCAGAGGAUAAAAAUUCUCCGAGGGCAUCCAACAAUAUAUUUUUUCACGAAACAUCCUGUUUCGGAGAUGAGGGCAUCACCCUAACUCCUAGACAAGCCUGUGCAGUGGAAUCAGCGGCGAGGAUGAAUCCAACAAUGCAAGUUUACUUAUUGGUGCUCAGUCACUCGAAUUUUUCGGUGGUAACAAAGGAAAUCGUCGAGGCAUUGUCGGCCUACAAAAACGUGAAGAUCAGAAGGAUUUUUAUGGAGGAAUACGUGAAAAAUACACCCCUGGAGGAAUGGUGGGCCUCAGGAAUUCUCAGGACCAGCAAGUGGCCGAGGAGUCACAUGUCUGAUAUUCUCCGGUAUCUGACUCUCUGGAAAUUCGGAGGAAUUUACCUCGAUCUGGAUGUUGUCGUCACAACGUCAUUGGAGAAACUGACGAAUUUCGCGGGGGCAGAGGAUUGGGAGGACGUGGCUGCUGGUGUUCUUGGGUUCGGAAUGAGUGGUUUAGGCCGAAGAAUCGCUGAUGCUUGCUUGCGAGAUUUGAAGAAAAAUUUUCGGGGCGAUGUCUGGGGUAAUAACGGUCCAGGUGUCAUUACAAGGACUCUUCAGAAAUUGUGCGCCACUAAAUACGCCCGUGAUAUGACGACUAAACGAUGUCGUGGCUUCACAGUAUAUCCACCCUCAUCGUUCUACCCCAUCCACUAUAAAAAAUGGAAACUAUAUUUCGACGAGAACGAGAAAAACACGACAAUGACUAUAAUCAAUCGAGCCCUAGCGAUUCACGUGUGGAACAAACUCAGUGGUUCAGAAGUCAUCUCACCCCCUAGUAAUGUGCCAUAUGCCACAGUGGCUAGUGAAUUUUGUCCGAAAAUUUACAGCCGCUCUGGAAAAUUUUUCUAAACCCAUCAUUUUAUAAAAAAUGUUCAUUCAAUCGUAUACAUUUUCGGGUCUUUACGAGUCCCAAUGGUCCCAAUCUCCUUGUACCGGCAUUCGUCUGGACCCAGGAAAAAUAGUCUUUUUUGCGAAACUCGCUCGACAGUGAGACCGAGAAAUUAAAAACGCCAGAAUUUUGUACCCGCGGGCAUCGGACUCGCGAUUUUCCACACGCCAGUCUGACAGUCUGACUUUAAUCACUCGGCCAUGGUCAUUAGCCCACCAUUUUAUAUUCAAUUAAUUCCCUAAUGAAGAGGUAAACCGGUUAAGUGUUUUUUCGAUGCCAGUCUCUAGGUAAUAUCUUAGAAUUCAAAAAAGAUAGGAAUACUUUUAUUUAUAGGUUUUUUAGAGGCAGAUAAGUACAGAAAAGCUAUCUAUAUGAAAAAUUCCUAUCUUCUUUCAGUUUCCUUUUGAUUAUUUUGAUUUCAUUAUCACUAUCUUCUUUCAGUUUCCUUCUGAUUUUUUUUAUUUCAUCAUCACUAUCUUCUUUCAGCUUUCUUCUGAUUAUUUUGAU